CAGUGAAACAUCAAAUUCCACUCGAGUCAUGGAUGCAGUCUGCAGCAACAGGAGCAUGUCUUACAGUAGAUGGAGUUAUGACAGCACUCUAGAUGAUGAAGGGAGUAACCUCCGACAGCAAAAACUGGACAGACAGCGAGCUCUUCUGGAGCAGAAGCAGAAGAAGAAAAGGCAGGAACCUCUGAUGGUGCAAUCCAAUGUGGACGCCCGAUCCCGCGCACGCAGGACCAAGCAGAGCGAAGAGCAGGCCCCGCUGGUGGAGUCCUUCCUCACCAGCAACAACAGCACCGUCUACCAUGUACAAGAAGCCGAUCAGGAGGAGAAGGCGAUCGCGGACCCCCAGCUCCCACCACCGCCCCGCUCGGCUAAGAAGGGACGGGGGUCGGCGGGCUCCACACCACAGACCGGCAGCACCAAGAAGGAGAGGAAGGGCAAACACAAAGCAGGAAGUGAUGACGAUGGUCAGGUGCAGAUCCUUACUGUGGGCCACUCGUCCAAUGAGGAGGGAGAAGGGGAGUGUGCCAUGAGCUGCACACACUCCCAAAGCAAGCAGGACCUGCGGGUCACUAUGCUGAAGAAAGGUAUUUCGAGUAGCAUGAAUUUCGACGAGGAAGACGAUGAUGAUGACGAAGUGAGCUCCAGUUCGUCCCAGCUCAACAGCAACACACGGCCUGGCUCUGCCACCAGCAAGAAAUCCUGCAAGGAGGCAGCGUCCGUUUCCACCCCCCCGGCCGGUGAACCCUGCGUGGACGUGGAUGACCUCGAGGAGUUCUCCCUGCGCCCGGCCCCCCAGGGUGUGAGAGUGAAGUGCCGCAUCACCAGGGAUAAGAAGGGGAUGGACAGAGGCAUGUACCCCACCUACUACCUCCACCUAGAGAGGGAGGACGGCAAGAGGGUGUUCCUGUUAGCCGGCAGGAAGAGAAAAAAGAGUAAAACAUCUAAUUACCUAAUUUCCAUCGACCCCACGGAUCUGUCUCGAGGGGGAGAAAGCUUCAUCGGCAAGCUGAGGUCCAACCUCAUGGGGACCAAGUUCACUGUUUACGACAGCGGUCUGAACCCUGGCAAGAGCACAACAAGCUUGGAAGCCACCAACCUGCGGCAGGAGCUGGCUGCCAUCUGCUAUGAAACCAAUGUCCUAGGAUUCAAAGGACCACGCAAGAUGAGUGUCAUCAUUCCUGGAAUGAACAUGGAUCAUGAGAGGGUCUCAAUUCGUCCACGAAACGACCAUGAGUCCUUGCUGGCCCGCUGGCAGAACAAAAGCACGGAGAGCGUGAUCGAGCUGCACAACAAGACUCCUGUGUGGAACGACGACACCCAGUCCUACGUGCUCAACUUCCACGGGAGAGUCACGCAGGCGUCCGUCAAGAAUUUCCAGAUCAUCCACGACAACGACCCUGACUACAUCGUGAUGCAGUUUGGCCGUGUAGCAGAGGAUAUCUUCACCAUGGACUAUAACUACCCGAUGUGUGCCCUGCAAGCCUUUGCCAUUGCUCUCUCCAGCUUCGACAGCAAGUUGGCCUGUGAGUAGCAGCAUCCACAUCCAGCUUCCUACUCCUGAAGGACUUGAAGAUUAUCAAGAGCGAGCCCAUCAUGCUCUCGCUCGUUCUGCAGUUUCUGCCCCCUAGUGGUUGGUCUGAGAUGUGCGCUGAAAAAAAACAACGAAUUAUGGCAUAUAUAUAAGAGUGCCGUUUGUGGCUCAGCGUCUGAAAGGAUUUUGGUAGGUAAAACGGAACAAGCACAACGAGUAAUCCACUAUCAAUGUCUUUUCUAACCACAUCUUUGUGAUUUUUUUUCUUGUUUCCUUUCGCUCUAUGUGUAACAUACAAUGUGAAUUAUAGCACUAACCGCUCCCCUUCUCUUCAGUUUCAUGGAAUUAAAGGGAUGUAUCUAAUCGUUAGGUAGGCUGCUGCUGUCGAAAAAAGGAGAAAGGUUCAAACAGUUCCUCAAGCAUGAAUAUUGCUCAUACAGUCCUUGAGUUACAAAUAACUUGUAAAAAAAUAACAUGCACGUCAGAUAUUUAGUAUUUAUGUUCAGUACAAGUUUUAUUUAUGUCCGUCUUCUUUUCACCUCAAUAGAUAGUUUGGUGGAUCUGUAAAAACGAAUACGACUCCGCACUAAAGUACUUUUGGUACAUGAAUAGAGCAAAAUCAUUUUCAGUAAAAGGAAAAAUGCCUUUGCUGAAAUUGAUCAAAAUCCAUGACAAACACUUCUAUAGGUAAGAUUCACUUAUGAAGUCUUACUUACUUGGUCAUAAGAAAUAAGAAUACUAUUAAUUAGAUUAACAAUUAAAAACACAGAUUUGUUUUAGAAAAGACAUACAAUAUAUUUUGUAUAAGUGAUCAGGGUUGUC